GUAAAACAUCAGGUCUAGAAUGAUAAUAAUCUACACAAGAAUUAAACAUUUAACGACCUUCAUUAGAAUAUAAUCUUAGAUUGAAAUCAGUUGAAACGCGUCAUUCUCUCAGCGCAACGUGACUAUACAUAUAGCAGACGAUGAUUGAAUUGAAUGAGCGCGAGUGAUACGAUAAGUCGAUACAGAAGUUUGAUUUUCACGUGUAGUCUUUAUCGAUUGUAUUUUAUAACAUUUUCGUGAUUAUUGUUACACUCGCUAUUGUUUUUCGAGUUUGAUCGCAGAAUGGAAAACAAAAAAAAUAUACCGUACUCGGCAGCCGGUGAUAAGGAAGAAGAUGAGAUAUUAUUGGAACCAUUUAGUUAUAUUCUACAAGUGCCUGGUAAACAGGUCAGAGCAAAAUUAGCACAAGCUUUCAAUUACUGGUUGAAAAUACCGCAGGAUAAGCUUCAAGCCGUUGGAGAUAUAAUUCAAAUGCUUCAUACUUCCAGCCUCUUAAUUGAUGAUAUUCAAGAUAAUUCAGUCUUAAGAAGAGGUAUUCCUGUAGCACACAAUAUUUAUGGAAUAGCUAGUACAAUAAAUGCUGCAAAUUAUGUAUUGUUCAUCGCCUUGGAGAAGGUUAUUGCUUUAAAUCAUCCAGAGGGUACGCAAGUAUAUGUAGAACAGUUAUUGGAACUUCAUAGAGGUCAAGGUAUGGAAAUUUAUUGGAGAGAUAACUAUAUUUGUCCUUCUGAAACUGCUUAUAGACAGAUGACUAUUCGCAAAACUGGUGGACUUUUUAAUCUAGCUGUCCGCUUAAUGCAAUUGUUUUCAAAUUGCAAAGAGGAUUUCACACCUUUAGCAGGAAUUAUAGGACUUUAUUUUCAAAUUCGUGACGAUUAUUCUAAUUUACUCCUUCAGGAGUAUGCUGAAAAUAAGAGCUUUUGUGAAGACUUGUCUGAAGGGAAAUUCAGUUUUCCCAUAAUUCAUGCGAUACAAAGUCAUCCUGAAGAUAGACAACUGAUGAAUAUCUUGAGGCAGCGGACUAAGGACAUCGAUGUAAAACGUUACUGCAUUAAUUUAUUAGAAAAAUUUGGCUCUUUUGCAUAUACAGAAACUGUGCUCGAAGAAUUAGAUAAGAAAGCAAGAAAUGAGAUAGAACGUCUUGGAGGUAAUCCUUUGUUAAUAGCACUUUUAGACGAAAUUUUAUUGAAUUUUAAAGAUAAGGAUACUAUGCUAAGAAGAAAAGCUGUAUCUUAAAUUGUCUUCUCAAUAAUAAUACUAAUAUAAACAAACGUCUGGCCUCACGUAAAGAUAGAAACCUAUAUUGUGACCAGAAUAUAUGUAUAUACGACUUUAAUAACAACUUACAAUGUGGAACUAGAUAUUUGGUACAAAAUAUCAAUAUGUAUAAAUAUACAUAUAUAAAUAUUUAGUUUAUUGUCUGUAAUCUGUAAGGAAGAAAAACAAUAAGAUUUGUGAUCCACCAAAACAGCGUUUGUAAAGCGAAUUUACAUUUAAAAUUUCAUCUAUAAACAUUUGAAAGCUUGACUGCCAAUUGUAAUCGUGCAAAACUUGAUUCCAAUCAUUUUUCAUAAUCUACCCACUUGUAAUGAGACACAGUGUUUAAUAAAAUGUAAUUUAUUCUUACAACAAAAAAUUAUACAAUAACUUAUCGAACAGUAGGAGAUAUAUGUACAAUUUACAUUAGUGCAUAAGAAGGUUUUACGAGUAAUAUAUUUACAGUAAUUAGUCUUAUUAGCAACUUUACAAUCUAGAAUCUAGAUUCCAGAUGAACAAUUUCGAACAAUAAAUACAAACUUAUUUGUCGACCAAAAGUGAAUUGCAUUUCGAAUAAAUAAAUUCGCAUUGAACCCGUA